UGCCAGCCCGGCAGCGGCCGCGCCGUCCAUCCGGGGCUGAGGCGGGAACUACCGCUCCCAGGGAGCCGCGGGGCGGCGGCGGGUCGGGCCGCGGUGGGAGCGGGCCGUGCCCGGUGGGGCGCAGCAUGGAGAGCCCGGCGGUGACCUUCACGUUGGCCUACUUGGUGUUCGCCGUCUGCUUCGUCUUCCCGCCCGACGAGGUGCGCUCGGCGGGGCUGACGGUGCAGAGCCUGCUGGCCGCCUGGCUGGGCAGCGAGGACGCGGCCUUCGUGCAGUACCACCUGCGGCGCAGCACCGGCACGCUGCUGGCGCACUCCCUCCUGCCCCUGGGUUAUUACCUUGGUAUGUGCUUUGCUGCACCUGAAAAACAUCUUUGCUUUUUCUACCUGGCUUCAAAAGGAUGGAAAACUUUCUUCUUCUUUGCUGUUCUCUUUCCAGCAGUCACCAGUGCCCUGGCGUAUUACUGGUCACGGAAAGGUUGGAAUAAUCAUCCGUUAGCCCGAACACUUGCUGUUCAUGCUCUCCCACAGUCUGGUUGGAGGGAAGUAGCUUCUUCCAUCAAUACAGAAUUUAGGAGAAUCGACAAAUUUGCUACUGGAGCCCCAGGAGCGAGGGUGAUUGUUACGGACACAUGGGUGAUUAAAGUGACCACCUACUGUUUACAUGUUGCCCAGCAGCAGGACAUUCAUUUGACUGUGACAGACUCCAGACAGCAUGAACUCACCCCAGACUCAAAUAUGCCUGUGCAGUUCCUCACCAUCCGUGUUGCCAGUAUUAAUCCCUACGUGAAGGCAUUUGAUAUCCGGUUGAACUCCACAGAGUAUGGGGAGCUCCGAGAAAAGCUCCGUGCUCCUAUUAUCAAUGCAGCUAAUGUUGUGAUCCAUCAAAGCCUUAGUGAUUUAUUUCUAGAAACCUUUACAUCUCUGGUGGAAAUUAACCAGACGUAUUCUGUUCCAAGCACUCAGGAGCUGGAGCCAUGCAUAGGGUGUAUGCAGACUAUCGCUAACAUCAAGCUCGUCAAGAACUGCCAGGAGCCAAAUGAAGGGGAAUGCCAGCAAUGCUACUGUCGUCCCAUGUGGUGCCUCACCUGCAUGGGCAAAUGGUUUGCGAGUCGACAGGAUCAGCAGCACCCAGAGACCUGGCUGUCAAGCCAAGUGCCUUGUCCAACUUGCCGAGCCAAAUUUUGCAUUUUAGAUGUUUGCAUAAUACGAUGAAUAACACUUGGGUAUGUUUUAACUUUUUUUAAUUUGAGUGUGUUUCAUAGUGGGUUUGGUUGAAAGGCCUGUUAGAUUUGUUUCUGAGACUUCAUAUUCUACUGGGGUGCAGACUCCAAAGCUUUCUUUUACAGUGUUGAAAACAGGUGUAAACCUUUUCAGUUCCUCUCCACUUUUACCUCUUCCUUGGGAUUUUAUUCACCAGAUGUCAUUUUUUGUAAUUACUGGGAUUUUUUAACCCAUAUUUUGCUUUCUUAUGUCUUGGAUGGAAUAAGGGUAUCCCUCUAUAUUUUUCAGUACUAUUCUCUUUUCAAGUUUUAACGUAGGUUAAAUUCUUUCAAUUUUUAAGUUUAACUUGGGUUUUGACUCUUCAGCAAAAGGGCUAACUGAGAAAAUUACUUUGGUUAGACUUCAUUGAUACUUUUGGUUUUCUUUAAUACAUUUGUACAGUUCUUACUAAUCUUUGCAAGUGUUCACCAAACUAUACCAGUUGUAUUCCUUCUCCUGGUCCCCUACACUUAUGAAGGGGAUAGGUUUCUGUAGGUUAAGGAAUUUAAUCCUUGAAGAUUUAAAACUCCUAUAGGGAGCUUUUAUUCCAUUAAUCUGCCUCUAGCUUAUUUUUUGAUGGAUGCAUUUAUUUCAAACAACAGCAGGAUUCAGAAAAAUAUGCCAUCUACCUACAUGGUUAUGCUAUGCAUCGUUAAAUCUAUCAGUUUCCAGGAGCUACAUUGCUUAUUUCGAUGCUUUUUAGGUGAUGGGCUUUUUUUAUACUUUUGGAGGGAUUGCAGCAAACAUCUGAACUAUCUAAAUACUCUGAAGGAAUGCCCAGCUAUUCCAAAGCCUGUAAGCUUUUCCUGAGGGGUAACCUUUCCACUGAAAGAGAUGCCAGGAUCACAAAGGUCUAAGUCGCCAUGCUACAUACCCGAAGAAUAACCAUCAUUAACAAAAGUUUUUCAGGUUUGCAAUUCAAAAACUGAUCAUAAGCAGUAGUCACUGUUUUAAUAUUCAUAGGGUCUGAUGCAUACUUCUUGAUCUGAUCUGCAUCAGAAUAAUUUGUAAAUUACAAUAAAAGCAUUUCCAUACAUUUAAGAAAGCCCUACUCCUAAACCCAAAUGCAGUGCUUAGUGUUUUAGCUAUCCAUCACACCCUUCAAUGAACAGUUAUUUGGCAUACUGCUUGAUGGAAAUCCUUGAGCUGCUGGAGAAUGUGUGAGUUGUUACACUGACCUGUACACAGCAGGGGCUGAGAUGCAGGUAUUUGCUUGCUUGGGUUGUCCACCUUAGAGGGGUAGUAACCUCAGGCAGACAGGUGGGUCAGAUAGUGAGAGAAAGGAAUGUUUUAAAGCUUUGGUCUUAUAGGAGAAUAAAAGCCCUAAUACCUCCUACCUGCAUGAUCAGAUGGAUCUUAUCAGUAAAUCACUGCUGUAGGUGACAUGUCAGUGAUUACAUGAAAAUGUCUUGAUUACCAUGACAGGCAACUGCUUUGAGCAGGAAUAGGUGGCAGGAUGUUAAAAACGGUAGAAGUACUGGAAGCACAACCAUGAAAGAUUAGAGGCUCAGCCUAGCUACAGGAUGCUGAACUGCACUUAGAGCCAGCCAGCCAGAAAAUGGUUACAAAUGUGGCUGCAAGCCAUGUUUUGGAGAGGGAUAAGGAACUGAGAACAGAUUUGACAGCGUCAUUGGAGAACUAACAUAUACGUUCUAUUGUUGGUGUUGAGUAUUUUGUUUGUGGGGUUUUUUUUAGUCAUACACUUAAAAAAGUCCAAACUGUUUGGGUUUAAGGAUGCUAAUUGCUUGAGCAUAUCUCAGUUGUUACAUAUACAUUUACUAUGCAAUUACCUAUACUACCUAUUAAUAAGGGUGAUUUUUCUGUUUUUCAGUACCUGUUGGUUUGGAUUGUACAGACUGAAAAUUUGACAUUAAGACUGGUAGUAUGGUUUUGUCACUUUUUCUCAAAAAAGAUCUUGAGAGGUAUGUCCCUCUUCAACUGAAUAGGAUUUAAUUGAGUUCCUGAGUUUCAGACAGAUUUGUUAACAAAUCUGAAAAUUAAUAAAAAAUGAAGGAACUGAUCAGUGAUUGAAUUUAAAAUAUUUUCCAGUACAUCUGUGGGAAAGUUAUUAGGAAGUCUGAAAUGGCCUCUUCAGGAUUUUUUGACCUUUGGAAGAUUCUUCCAGGGCCCGGGUAGUGUCAUCUGACAUACACCUCCUCACUACACAACAGCCUUUACAGAUAAGUAUUUUGUAACAUUUACUUCUAGCAAGUUUGCAUCAUGUGUCACAGAUAAGGUAUGUGGUCCGGUCCUUGAAAUAGUUGCAGAAGAGAAGAUAGGAUUUUGGAGUUGUUUUGCCAUUGACAGUCAUUCAAUUCCUACAGCUUUUUUCCUGUUUGGAAUACAAAUAUUUAUUGUAAAGAUGUGUAAAGUUAAAAUCACAAAGGCCUUGAGAAACUGAGAUAAUAGAUACUUGUGGUUGCAGGUGGUUUUAUACAAGAAAAGUAGUUCAGUUGCCAGUAGUAUCUCAUGUAGUAAGAGCUUUAGUCUCUUAAUUGCUUGUGCAGUAGAGUUGUUCUUUACAGAAGUUUACUUUUAAUUGAUUGGAAGUUUUCAUUUCAGUGGACCUUUGCUUUUAUUCAUCUUACUUCUUUUGCCAAUAUAACAGUAUGACAAAGUAACAGUCAUAAGUGUGUAAUGCUCUUGCAUCUUUUAAUGGUAGUGCUCUAUCCACAGAAGUGCCUCUUAGAAAACUUAGUAAUAAUUACCAAAAUAAAAUUACAAUUUAUGUUAAUAACAGUGCCUGGCUUAAAUCCCUUAAAACAAGCAUUUUUUUCCCCAAGUUUAAAUUUUCAAAGUAACCUGGCAUGCCUCCACAGUUUGUAAGCUUCUUAAAGGCUGUGUUAGAGAACCAACUUGUAAAAAUGCAUGUGAUGUAUUCUUCUUAGAGACAGUAGAAGGUGAAACUGUGACCUCUCCCACAGCACAGUCAUGUGAUAUAUUACUUGUCUUGAAUAAAUCACUGAACGUGAAAAGAACAGAGUACAAGAACAGGCAUUUUUCUACAUGAUAGUUUCAGGUCAUCACCUGAAGAACCACAUGCACAUAUAGGGCUAUUUCUAGAGAAGAUCUCUCUCCAUCUGCAGUAAAAAGAAAUACAUUACCUCCCAUCCAAUCUUGAUAUGUUUCUUAAACAUAACGAUAGGGUUUAGAAUCAGCCUUUUUACAGCAUUUUUCUAAGAAAAAAAUGAACUAGUAAUGUGAUGCGCUAAAAUACUUAAAGAAUUUUCUUGAAUUACUAGUGAUUUAGUGUUGCUUUUCCAUGUCACUGAAUUCCACACCACAUUGUGGGUAGGCAAUGUUAGUAGUCUGAAGUAUGUUAUAUAAAUGUAAUGUCAUUAUAAUACGACAAUCUAUAUGUGGGUGCACAGUGUCAGUAUAAAUACCCCAUAUGUGUGUAUACAUGUAUAGCCCAACUUUCCCUGUGUGCUGCAGCUGAACAGAUGUUUCUGAAAACAUGGGCUGUGGCUGUAUUAUUUAUUUGCACAGUUGUGCUCUUUCUGUAAUUGUAGCAUUCCGGAAAAUAGUAGCAAAACUUGUUACAUAUCUGUUGAUUUUUUAGGUUAACAUACUUUGCUGACCCAAAAAAGGCAUUUUGUCCAAGCAGGAUUUGGUUUGGAUCCAUGAUAUGAAUGCAGUUGUUUGCCAUGAGGUUUGCUAUAGCUUGAAACCAAAAUACCAGGUUAUUAUGUGAUCUCUUCAGUAUGAGUAUUUUUAUUGUGUUGAAACUUGAUAGACUGCAGCUAUGUACCGUUCUAGUCAGGUUAAACCUCAAUAAGACAUAACUAACUAAAGUUCUGAGUGCCAUUUCUAAAGAAAUUUUGACUUUGAGAUACAAAUAUUCAAGCUCUUACAUGCAUUGCAAGCAUUUUCUUCCAAAGAUACACCGCAGGGUUGGUUAUUUGUGGUUGGUUGUUGGGGUUUUUUUACCUGGAUAGCUUACCUAUUUUUAAAUGGACAGUAUUACUUGGAUAGGCUUUAAGGAAAAGGCUUAAUGAAUACAUGUAGUUAAUCUUAAAAUUCUCUGGAGAGCUGAAUAAAAAUACAAUUGAUUUUAUAUAA